AUACCCCCCGUGUAGCGCCCCAGCGGGCCGCCAUUUCCCUCGCGGCCCGGCCCCGGGGCCGUGCCCUCCGAGCCUCCGCCCCGCGGCGGGGCGGGCCGGAGCGGGGCUGGCGGGGCCGGGCGGCCGGGCGGCGGGGCGGCCCGCAGCCUGCCCGGCGGGGAUGCCUCACAGAAGUGAGUUGUAUGAAGACGUUCCAUCAGUAUGCUGGCCUAUCGUAUAUUCUCCAGACUACAACAUCACUUUCAUGGGACUGGAGAAACUGCAUCCCUUUGAUGCAGGGAAGUGGGGAAAGGUAAUCAACUUCUUGAAAGAAGAAAAACUAAUUGGAGAUGACUUGAUUGUACAGGCACGGGAAGCUACAGAUGAAGAUCUUCUGGUUGUUCACACGAGGCGCUACCUUAAUAAACUAAAGUGGUCAUUUGUUGUGGCUACAAUCACAGAAAUUCCACCGGUUCUCUUCCUUCCCAACUUCCUUGUUCAGAGAAAAGUUUUGAAACCUCUGCGAACCCAGACAGGAGGAACAAUAAUGGCAGGAAAACUUGCUGUUGAUAGAGGCUGGGCAAUUAAUGUGGGAGGUGGCUUUCAUCACUGUUCAAGUGACAAAGGUGGAGGGUUUUGUGCAUAUGCUGAUAUCACUCUGGCUAUUAAGUUCUUAUUUGAGAGAGUACCAGGGGUGUCCAAAGCCACAAUUAUCGAUCUGGAUGCUCACCAGGGAAAUGGCCAUGAGAGGGAUUUCAUGGAUGAUCAGAAAGUGUAUAUUAUGGAUGCGUACAAUAGAUAUAUUUAUCCAGGGGAUGGAUUUGCUAAACGUGCUAUAAAACGCAAGGUGGAAUUAGAGUGGGGUACAGAGGACACAGAAUAUCUUCAGAAGGUACAUACUCACGUGGAAGGAGCGUUAAAUGAACUAAAACCUGACAUCAUUGUUUAUAACGCUGGGACUGACAUUCUGGAUGGCGAUCCAUUGGGAGGACUUGCUAUUUCACCUCAGGGAAUUGUGAAGAGAGAUGAAGUCGUAUUCAAGGCUGCCAGAAGCCGCAGAAUCCCGAUCCUGAUGGUGACAUCUGGAGGCUACCAGAAGAGGACAGCACGGAUUAUUGCUGAUUCUAUCCUCAAUUUGCACAACCUGGGGCUUAUUGACAAGGAAUUAGUGGCCAGUGAAGCUGAAAAUCCCAAGGUAGAAAAGAUGAUUAGGGACUCAGUUACAGACUUAACCAACUUGUCACUGUAAUAAUAAGUUACUAAAUUAUAGGACAAAAAAAUACUGUUUUAGGAGCAGGAAAGUCUUCGCACCAUUAUCAAGGUUAAUAUAAGAAAUUCAGAAAGGACUCAGCUUGCCUUUAAAAUAAUGUAUCACAGAUAACACACGGUUGCAGAUUAACUGUGUUUAACUUCUGAAACUAUCUUGAGCAAAGGCAACAAAUCCUUCUGAGCUAAUUUAGACAUGUACUCAAGGGGACCUUAUUUCAGUUUAUAAUAUUACUGUAGAAAGCUUUAAUUGCUUCUUAUUGUUAUAGGUAGUCUAUUAUAUUGAAAGAACUAUGCAGUUGUUAUCCAAAGACUGUCCCAGACCUAUUUCACGUGAUACGGUUCUGACAGCGGUGGGAGUAAUCUGGACUAAACCUAUUGGCGUUUUUCUUAAAUACUGCAUUUCUUGCUUUUGUGUGUGUGUUCUGUACAGUCUUCAACUGUCGAUUUAACACUAGCGUGCAAUACUAUGGAAAACGGUUCAGUUGCUUGGCUUUUAAGCCACAGCCUAUUACAAUGGAAGCUCAUUAAUUAUUGUUUUAUUCUUAUUGAUGGUAGUGACUUGAUAGUACUUUUAAACAGAUCAAGAAGUAGAAUGUGAAAUAUCGUUGGCUUCUUAUGCAAAUGAGUGGUAAGGGCUCAGCGUUAAGUCUGGUUUUUGCCUCUCCUAAAAUGAGGCCUGCAUAUAAAAAGCAGUAGUUGCUAUGCAUCGUAAAUCAGAUAAAAAAAAAAACACUACUAUAAAAUUAAAACAAAUAUUAGAGUUCUGAGAAUUCUAGCAGAAAACAUCAUGUAGAAACAUAGAAUACCUUUUGUUAUCACAUCAUGUAUGUGAUCACACGUGCUUGUCCUGUGUAAAAAAUUGAGUAAAUUUUGAUUUUUUUUCCCAACUAGUGUUUUUUAGUUGAUUAGUGGUAGCCAUAGCUGCGUAGCUGCAGUUGCAGUAACCAAGUUGUUUGUAUUUAGAAAUAAAAAUACUGUGAAAUUUCUACAUUAAGCUAAUUUAAUAACUAUAUAGGAGAGCCUCUAGGAGGUACUGUAAUUUGAGAGCAAAAUAAUGUAUUCAGAAGCAAAUUUGGUACAUUAACUCUAAAGAUUGUUUUAUUUAAGUUGGUAUACUUUGCAUUAAGUACUGUUUGUGGCAUUGGGUCUUAAAUGUGCUACAGUGUAUAUUUUGCAAGAGCUUUUUUUAACUUCUGAGUAUUCACUGAUUUGUAGUACAAGUUUAAUGUUGUAUUUCUGUGAAGGGACACCAAUAUUUUCCUUGUAGUGGAAUUGGUAUAUAAGUUAUUUAAGGAAUGUUUAAUUCUAAUCAGAAUACUUACCUCAGUUGUUAUUUUUAGAUUUAUGGGGUUUGUUAAUGGUAGGAACUUGCACACUUGCUAUAAAUAUCUGCUUUAAAACAGAAUUGGCAUAUUGCACUAAUCUUGAGUUGCAACACUGUUAUUAAAAGGCACUUUUAAAUUUCUUACUAUAUGGGUGGUCAACAUACAACUAAUGCUGAGAUUUAUUUUUUCUAUACUGUCUGUGUUACUGAAGGAUGUUGCUAUUCUUUCAUAUCAUUUUUAUAAAAUUAUAAGCAACGUUUUUAUGAACUAAACCCCUGUAAUAGUACCAUAUGAUCUUUUCCAAAAUACAUUGUGUUUGUGUUUAUAUGUUUAUUAUUCCUUAUUGGAGAUUAAAAUCAUGUUGAAUAUUGCUGA